AUGGAAACGGUGGAAAACCCACCCCCAAACCCAUCAACCAAUGGGGAUCCCAUUGUCAUCUCUGAACAGAUGAAAGAACCCACUGUUGAGGUGCAAGCACCCCAAGAGGUUCCUGUAGUCCCUGUCAGUCAAAUGGGUCAACCAAUCAUUGGGGUCCCAGUACCUGAAGGGAUCCCCACUGCCACUGCCAUUGUCACAGAAGUGGCGAAUUCAUGCCUGUCUGUCAAGGUACAAGAACCUGAUGGACGAUUUGUUCCCAUCUUUAGUGGAACUAAGCCACCUACCCCAUUGACAGUGACAGGGAAAUCGACCCAGGACAACUGGCUGGAUCGUUGA